GCCCCUAGUUUCCCAUUAUUAAGCGACUAAGAGAAUAGAAAAUCCCGCAUCAAUUGGAGACGUUAUCUGUUGGAGGUGAUGCGGCUGAAAUUCAGGUCCCCGAGAAGACGUACCAGUGCCUUCCCAAAUAAAAUUAUUUUCCUGUUGGAAUGCAUAGUCAUUUUAUGUUCCCUCUUUUCCAACAUUAUAAGUCAAGAAAGAGUUCUCUUUAAGCACGGAUCUCGAUGGCCGACACGACCAAGCUACUCGAUAGGGAACUCCCAUCUUCAACGGCAAUGGUCAACCAACCUAUCAAUGGAUACCUCUCUCCAGGAACCAUUGGGGAAAAUAGCGGGAUCUAUGCAGGAAUAGUCCACGGGGGCAGUCUCAUUGGAACACAGAAUGUUCACAAUCACGCACCGGCCCCGGAUUCUACGGCAACAAAGACCCGAUCUGACAUCUUAAAUUGGCUCUGCCCUCAGGACGCCCUAGUAGCGAUGAAGUCACCCGUUCAAGGUCAGGAUCACAAGCGAGCUCAUCCUAAGGCUGGAAAUAGAUUCUUAGAGUCGACCGAGUUUCAAGACUGGCUUUCCAUGAAGGAAAAAAGACUCUGGGGUACUGGUCCACCGGGUGCUGGCAAGACGUUUCUAGUCUCAAGAAUCCAACGCAGGAUGUAUGAGCUUCAGCAGGGAUUUACAUCUAAUGGCGGCAAAUCCGGAACCGCGUUCCUCUAUAUGCAUCAUAACCGUUCAUACUCCUGCGAGAAACUCCUCGGCUGUAUAUUGCGCCAGUUUAUUGAUGAUAAGGAUGAAAUCCCCAGCACGAUUCGAAACGAGUGGGGUGUGCACUCGGGAAGCAAAACAACAAUUACAGCGGACAGACUUGUACAGCUCAUAAGGGACAUUGCGACCAACCACAAACUAUAUCUUGUCGUGGACGCGUGGGAUGAAUACGCUCCCAUGGAUCGAGAGCGGCUUCUUAAGCAACUCAUGGAGUUGGGUGGCUGUCUCGCUCUACUAAUGACCUCGAGAUUCAUUGGAGAUCUCGACAAAGGCUUAGAAGGCUUCAAACGUGUAAACAUCUCGGCAAACGAGGAAGAUAUUCGAAACUAUGUGAAUUACUGUAUCAAUACCAACUCUCGUCUAGCAACAUUCUGUAACUUGAGCUCAGAGCUAAGGCACGAGAUCCGAGGUGUCAUAAUUGAAAAAUCAGGGGGGAUGUUCCUUCUUGUCCGGUUGCACAUGGAGUCCCUAGAAGCCGAAGAUGUGGUCACUCUCUACGACGUCCGGAAGAAACUCGCUAGCUUCAGUAACAAUCUCACGGACAAAUAUCAAGACAUGAUGGAUCGAAUCGGCAAACAAACACUACUGCGCCAGGAGAUAGCAAUCAGCACCCUAGCAUGGAUCACGUACGCCCAAAAGUCUUUAACUGUGAAUGAGCUACGACACGCCCUCGCUGUAGAUCUAAAAGACGGCCGCUUCAAACCAGACAAGCAACCUCUCCCUGAUGAUAUCCCUGCCUUCUGCUGCGGGAUGGUUCUAGUGGAGAAAGGCACCCUGCAACUGGUGCAUAACACUGCGAUUGAAUUCAUGCGCAGUUUAAAGGAAACGGACGAGCGCUUCAUAAAUUUUGACGCCACCAUCUCUCACGUCUGCGCUGCCUAUCUGUGCAUCCCUGAGCUUGAACAGCCUGACGACACCGAUAACAGUAUGUCCUAUGCUACUGACUUAUGGGGCGCGACACCAAAUAUGUACGAUGAUACAGAGAUCUUCAUGAUACAGAGCGGUAAGAACACCAAGCAUCUGGGCAACAAACGGACUCCAGAGAAGCUUACCUUCCCUGCGAAACUCCGAUUAUACCCAUUGGUUAUAUACGCGGCAACACACUUAGGCCACCACCUUCGAGCCAUGUCAGAUGUUAACCUCGUCACUGAGAGUGAUGCUCUGAACAAGGUCAUCUCCAUCCUCAAAGAGAAGCCUAAGCGCAAUUUCUACGAGAGAUUGCUGGACUAUACAAGCUCUUACCCUCCUCAAGCCUUAUCACAGCAAAGGUUUUCUCUCUUAAGUGUCGAGUCGGAAUCGGAGUCCGAGCUCGAGUUCGAUCCUGAGCCUCAUAUAGAUAACUCGUCCUGGCCUAGUAGUGUCGAUGAAUGUGACCCUCUACUGACACGACAGAGUGCCAACUCUGGGGCACGCCUCGCCUCUCUUAAUGCGGAAACGACUAAUGUGGCGAUGUCAGCAUGUCGAGAGAUAACUUCCCUUCACCUUGCCGCCUACCUCGGUGUCCCACAACUUGCCAAGCAGCUCCUUUCGGAUCCAUCUCUGGUCCAUGUGAAGGACUUCGAUGGUUGCACCCCGCUAUCUAUCGCCCUCGCAGCAUGCCACAUCGAGACGGCUCUACUAAUUCUUGAAGCUGGUGCAACACUGGACCUCUUUUCGACCGAGGGAUGCCAUCUGCUACUCCUUGCUGCCCAAUCAGACUCUUCGGCCAGCAUUGUGGUACGCCGUAUCCUCAAAGAAGCUCUCCUCAUUCGUGGUCAAGGCAAGAAUUUUGUAAUUGAGUUUCUUAGCUGGCUGUGGCGCUUCAGCGCGACUAAGGCGGUAUACUAUUCGGCCAAAGUUGCGAGAAAUUGCCGAAAGGGGUGGACGAGAGUGACUCAGGAGCGACGUGGAGAGCCAAGUCACUUGGAAAGGACACUACAAAUAGCUCAAGGCCAUGCUCUAGGCGUACCAACGUCAUUUCCUGCGAGAAGGGGGACGAUUACCUUCGUAGACCUACCAGUGGACGGAGAGACGGGCCCCAGUUCAUCUUUGUCCUCGCACACAUUGCGGAGAAGACGACCGGCUAGAACAGUGAGCGAGGCGGUCCUGUCCCCCAGUGAAUAUGCGAAGCGAAAUUAUCUAAAGCUAGUAGCUGCGGCCUUCCAAAACGAUACAAUGACCAUGAGGAGCUUGAUCGAGAAGAGGCGAGUAAAUCUCGACAGGAGUGUAAGGCAUCAGCGUUGCUAUUGGCCGCUAGUUAACCUAGCUCUCUUCAUGGCCGUAGAGCGCAAAGAGAUUGAUGGGGUGAAGAUUUUAGUGGAGGGAGGAGUCGACGUUAAUUCCCAGGACUACGACCUCCGUACGCCGCUUCACCGGGCCGUCGCACGACGAAAAUCCAAAUUAGUCAGGUUCUUACUGGAAAAGAAUGCGAAUGUGAAUGCCAAAGAUGGCAGGGGAGACACCCCAUGGGUCCUAGCCGUCAUUAACAGGGACGAAGAUAUGUCAAAACUCCUCAUCCAGCACGGGGCAGACGUGAACACCCAGGGCCCAGAUGGGAAUAAUUUGCUCUACAGUGCGGCAGCCUGUGGAAAUAUCAGCGACGUGCGAUUUCUCCUCAGCCAGAGGGUAAACCCUUCCAUAACCACGAAUUAUUUCUGGGCGCCUCUCCACUGGGCGUCAGCAAAUGGACAUAUCGACUGUGUCAAGUUACUCCUUGACGCCGGGGCCGAGGUGUCGCCGGUGAGCGACACGGCUCUAACGCCUCUAGACCUAGCCAUCGAAGGCAGGAAGGUCGAUAUCGAGCAGCUGCUGAGGAGCAAGGGCGCUAAACGCGGCGAUGAGAUUAGGGAAGAACACGGUGGUCCGAGAUACUCAUACCGGUACGGAUCAGAGAGCGAGGAUGACGAAGACGAGAACGAGGAAGAAGAGGAAGAAGAGGAUGAGGAAGGUGAAGAUUAUUUCGGCACGGCUUCCUUACAAAGAGAAUAAAAUAGCCCUACCUAGUUGACUAUAAACAUUACAUAUUGCGCUUUCCAGUUGUUAUUAU